AUGGAGGAAGCCGACUUCGUAGCCGACUCGGACGAGGACGAGCAGGAGCUGCUGGAGCAGGUGGCGCUCGCGGAGGAGCAGCACACGCGUGAGCGCCUCGAGGCGGCGGCUGCAGCUGCUGCGGCGGCCAAAAGCAAAAGGGAACUCGAGCCGAAGCGAGCGCCUGCGGCGGUUGUGACGCCAGAGAAGCCGCCCACAGUUCAAGAGCAGCCGAAACAAGCCCAAGACGAAGCUGGAGCCAAAGACGAAGAGGAGAAAGAGCACGUAGUUGAAGAGCAAGACGAGGAAGAGGAAGUGACUGACGAGGACGAGGAAGAUGACGAGGAAGAAGAAGAGCAGCUGGAUGAGAACGCUAUCCUUGAGGUCAGGACGGUGGUGACGGUGGACUCGCGCACGUGGCCGGGCAUCAACAAGCUCGGAGGCUCUGGUCACGUCGUCCGAGUCCACAGAGAACCUGCAGAGGACGGAGUAUCCGAAAACAUUUUCUACGACGUCCGCUACGUCCUGGGGGGCUUCGAGAAGCACAUCGAGAGCAAGUACGUGCACUCGUCCAAGAUCUUAGAGCAGCAGUCGACCCGCAAAAGUGUGCGCAGAGAUUUUUACCACGAUGAUUACAUCAAUAAGCCACACGAGAAGAAGCAACGAGAUGCAGAGAGAAAGCGCGAAAUAGCGUUGGCUCACCCUGAACGAUCGGAGGCUCAUGCUCCGCUUCGCAAGAAGCGGAAGCGCUCUCACCGCGCAGAGCACGCCGAACGGGUGCCCAGUGACCCACAGGAUGAAGAGUCGAAUAGUGAUGAUGAAAGAGACACGAGGCGCAAAGUGGCCAAAAUCGACGAAGACGCGUUCAUAUUCUCGGAGACGAAGGAGCCGUCGCCAUCGCUCGAGGACUCUAGUCGACCACCCAGCGACAGUGAAAAUUUGCCUGGGAUUCAGAGCCCCCCGCUGAGAAAGCCAAGGGGGACCCAAAGACGAUGGCACCGCAUACUGGACAGUGACGAUGAAAGCGGCGAGGAAAGCGACAAAAGCAACAGGAAGAGUGUUAGCCCUGAACGCGCGCAUCGGAUAAUGCUGUGA